GUUGAGUUUUAAAGGCGACACGGCGGCUUCAGCCGACUUCUUCCCCUUCCUUUGCCUCCCCAUGGAUAUGCACUGCAAGGCAGACCCCUUCUCGGCAAUGCACCGGCAUGGGGGAGUGAACCAGCUCGGGGGGGUGUUUGUGAAUGGCAGGCCCCUACCUGACGUGGUGAGACAAAGGAUAGUCGAGCUGGCUCACCAGGGAGUGCGACCCUGUGACAUCUCCAGGCAGCUGCGGGUCAGCCACGGUUGUGUCAGCAAGAUCUUGGGCAGGUAUUACGAGACGGGCAGCAUCAAGCCCGGCGUGAUCGGCGGCUCCAAGCCCAAAGUGGCGACCCCCAAAGUAGUGGAUAAAAUCGCCGAGUACAAGAGACAAAACCCGACCAUGUUCGCCUGGGAGAUCCGGGACCGGCUCCUGGCCGAGGGCAUCUGCGACAACGACACGGUGCCCAGCGUCUCCUCCAUCAACAGGAUUAUCAGAACCAAAGUUCAACAGCCUUUCCACCCGACACCAGAUGGGACUGGGACAGGAGUGACUGCACCUGGACACACUAUCGUUCCCAGUACAGCAUCCCCUCCCGUCUCCAGUGCCUCCAAUGAUCCAGUGGGUUCUUACUCCAUUAACGGGAUCCUGGGCAUUCCUCGGUCGAAUGGCGAGAAGAGGAAACGUGAUGAAGAUGUGUCUGAGGGCUCGGUUCCCAAUGGAGACUCCCAGAGCAGCGUGGACAGUUUGCGGAAGCACCUUCGUGCCGACACUUUCACCCAGCAACAGCUGGAAGCUUUAGAUCGAGUCUUUGAACGUCCUUCUUACCCUGAUGUCUUUCAAACAUCAGAGCACAUCAAAUCUGAGCAGGGUAAUGAGUACUCCCUCCCAGCUCUGACCCCUGGUCUUGAUGAAGUCAAGUCAAGUCUAUCUGCCUCUGCUAACCCAGACCUGGGGACCAACGUGUCAGGACCCCAGACGUACCCUGUGGUGACCGGUCGUGACAUGGCGAGCACCACCUUGCCCGGUUACCCACCCCAUGUCCCGCCGACUGGACAGGGCAGCUACCCAACCUCAACUCUCGCAGGAAUGGUACCUGGGAGCGAGUUCUCGGGGAACCCUUACAGUCACCCUCAGUACACGACCUACAACGAGGCCUGGCGAUUCAGCAACCCCGCAUUACUAAGUUCCCCUUAUUAUUAUAGUGCCACAUCCCGAGGCGCUGCACCUCCCACUGCUGCCGCUGCCUAUGACCGCCACUAGUUACCAUGGAAACCACAUGAAACUGCAGGGCGACAGCUUAGGCCUUCAUAUUGUACCUGUCUGAUCAACGUUCUCCAUCCCUGGGAAGGGUGAAGAGAACUUCUCCGUCCCCCUCCACGCCCAGCUAUCCCUCCCCUUCCCUGCAGAAUGUGCUGGAUCGAAGCGCUCACGACAUCGGACUGAGAAAUACGCGUCCCCUGCACUCUGUCCCUCGCCCCAACUCAACUACUUCUGUGGACAACAGGAAAGGCCUGUGGCCAGCUCACCUGCUGCUGUAGUCCUUCAAACCAUCCCAGGCACAGUUCAGCCACGCAAGGCCACCCUGAUUUUGAAGACUGAGGGGAAUUCAAGCAAUGCAACCUGCAACCCUUGUUUAUACAGGACCCUGUUCUCCAGGGAGUGGUAGAGGCAGGGUAAAGUGGGGAGGAAGCCACCUGCAACAAAUUGUUCCCUCAAGAAACUUUCUUCUGUGGUGGAUGCUUCAAAAUGCUAACUGACAAGCCUGUUUCAGAGGCCUGAGGGACUGGUCUGGCUAGCAUGGGGAUGGCAGCACAAAGAGGCAACCCAGCUGGCAGUGAAGGAAAGGCCCAAGUGCAACACUCUCCAUUCCUCCUCCUCCUUUCCCCGCCACCCCGGGUCUCUCUGUGUGCUCCAUCCCCACUCUUCUCUUCAUGCCUUGGCUUCCUUCAAGGUUCCGUUUGAAGGCCACACCCAGCGUGUUGUGACCUCGCAGGCCGGAGUUGGGUUGAAACACACACAAACACGAUUUCUGUGACACACAAUCAGCUCAGACAGGAGGAUGGAGCGACAUCAACCA